AGGCGGUUGGAGAGGGAGAGGCGAGCGGUUACUCACUCCAUGGCUGCGGGAAAGAGAGGCAGCGGCGGCCUCAGGUGAAGAAAGAAGGCAGGAGCGGAGAGCGCAGGCGCGGAAGAAAACAGAUGUGUUUCCUUGCCAGUCCAGACACAUGGCCUCUACUUAAGUUCCUCUUCAUUAAUUAAUAUGAAGACAACAAAAGUGACUAAAUUCGGAAUCAGAGGCUUUUAAAGGACCCUGGCAUCUCUGGUCAAACAAGGAAAUCGGGACAAAGCCACCACCACUCAUCCCAGUUUCGCACACGCCCGAUGAUGACUUCUGUCCCGGGCUAACCAGAAAGGCCAUGGGUGCUGAGAGAGCCUGCCAGAGCCAGCCAUGCACCUGGCGCCUCCUCGCCCUGGUCCCCAUCUUCCUCAGCCUGGCGGCCUCCCUGGACUGGCACACUGCCCGGGGCUCUGACCCCUUCGAGAAAUGCAUGCACGAUCCCGACUAUGAGCAGCUGCUCAGAGUCGUGACCUUGGGCCUUAAUCGGACCUCGAAGCCCCGGAGAGUGAUCGUGGUUGGUGCUGGCGUGGCUGGGCUGGUGGCCGCCAAGGUGCUCAGUGAUGCCGGACACAAGGUCACCAUCCUGGAGGCAGACAACAGGAUUGGGGGCCGCAUCUUCACCUACCGGGACCAGAAGACGGGCUGGAUUGGGGAGCUGGGAGCCAUGCGCAUGCCCAGCUCACACAGGAUCCUCCAUGAGCUCUGCAAGAGUCUGGGACUCAACCUGACCAAGUUCACCCAGUACGACGAGAAUACGUGGACGGAGGUGAACGAGGUGAAGCUGCGGAACUACGUGGUGGAGAAGAUGCCCGAGAAGCUGGGCUACCCCCUGCACCCCAAGGAGAAGGGCCACUCACCCGAAGAAAUCUACCAGAUGGCUCUCAACAGGGCCCUCAAAGAUGUCACUACACUGGGCUGCAGAAAGGCAAUGAAGAAGUUUGAAAGGCACACGCUCCUGGAAUACCUCCUCGGGGAGGGGAACCUGAGCCAGCCGGCCGUGCGGCUCCUGGGAGAUGUGAUGUCCAAGGACGGCUUCUUCUAUCUCAGCUUCUCCGAGGCCCUGCGGGCCCACAGCUGCCUCAGUGAUCGGCUCCGGUAUAGCCGCAUCGUGGGAGGCUGGGACCUGCUGCCACGUGCGCUGCUGAGCUCGCUGUCGGGGCCUGUGCUGCUGCACGCGCCUGUCGUGGCGAUUAAGCAGGGGAUGCACGAGGUGAGCGUGCACGUCGCGUCCUCGCGCCGGGCCCGGAACCUGAGGUCCAUGACCGCUGACGUGGUGCUGCUGACGGUGAGCGGGCCAGCGCUGCAGCGCAUCACCUUCACGCCGCCGCUGACGCGCAGGCGGCAGGAGGCGGUGCGCGCGCUGCACUACGUGCCGGCCACCAAGGUGUUCCUGAGUUUCCGUCGGCCCUUCUGGCACGACGAGCACAUUGAGGGCGGCCACUCAAACACCGACCGCCCGUCGCGCGUGAUAUUCUACCCGCCUCCGGGUGAGGGCGCGCUGCUGCUGGCCUCGUACACGUGGUCGGACGCGGCAUCCACGUUCGCCGGCCUGAGCCUGGCGGACUCGCUGCGCUUGGCGCUGGACGACGUGGCGGCGCUGCACGGGCCGAUCGUGUACCGGCUCUGGGACGGCAGCGGCGCCGUCAAGCGCUGGGCAGAGGACCCGCACAGCCAGGGCGGCUUCGUGGUGCAGCCGCCGACUCUCUGGCAAACCGACAAGGACGACGGGCAGGAGUACAACUGGGCAAUCCCCUACGGCCGCAUCUACUUCGCCGGCGAGCACACGGCCUACCCGCACGGCUGGGUGGAGACGGCCGUCAAGUCAGCGCUGCGUGCCGCGAUGCUGAUCAACAGGCGGGUCGACAGCCAGACCACCAGCGGGAACAACGCCCAGUUCAUCAGUAUCCACAGCAGCCCAGAGCGCGUGCACUCGGCGCCCGGCCACCACCAGUGCAACCUCGAAAGGGGGCAGGGCACCCCGCCUUCGACCAUGACCCCAAAGAGGACCCAGUAUUAAAGUAGUUUUUGGAAA